AUGCCGAAAUUAUCGGCUGGUCAAUGGAUGACCAGCAUUCCGUACGCCAAAGAGAACUUCCUGCAAUCAUACGAUAUCUUCCCUACGGUCCCAAAGUUCGGAUCGCCGCCACCGCAGUACUGGGUCGUCUACAUCCACGGCGGCUUCUAUCGAGACCCACUCGUGCUCAAGGAAUCAUUCCAUCCUACCGUCCAGCUUCUCACGUCUUCGUCGAAUCAGUCUCUGCAAUCGUCCGUCGCCGGCUACGCUACGCUGGAUUACCGUCUCUCACCGCACACGAACCACACGCAACCUAUUGACACACCACCUUUUGCGCAGCGGACCGCUGUAUGGCCACAACAUCUGGACGAUGUCCUCGCAGCUAUCAAGCAACUGCAGUCCGUCCACAAAUUUGGCUCGAAUUACGUCCUGGCCGGACAUAGUGUAGGUGCUCAACUGGCACUCCUGGCCGCACUGAGAGCUGAGGACUCUGGGUUUCCUGCUCCCAAGGUGGUGCUCGGCAUAAGUGGCAUCUACGACUUCCCGCUCAUUCUAGAGGACCAUCCAGAGUACAGCGCUUUGGUAUUCAACGCCAUGAAAGAAGGCGAGGAGAUUCCCGCAAGCCCCGCAUUCCACAAGGCAGAACACUACGAGGAUGCUGGUGUCGAGAAGGUCGUGCUGGCCCAUUCUAAAGACGAUGGAUUGGUGCCCUGGAACCAGGUCGAGGCAAUGUCCAAAGUGCUGCAGCAGUCCGAGAAGGGAGAGGACUACGUCUCGGUGGUUGAGCUGCACGGCCAGCACAACGACAUCUGGAGAGACGGCAAGGAGUCGUCAAGAGCGAUUCUUGCCGCUCUACAGCAAGCAGCGCUGUGCUAG